UUUGCUCUUUUCGCUGCUUGUUGCCUGGCAAUGAUUUUUGUGGUUGGUGCUGUGAUCAUGACUAUGAGACUAUUUGAACAGGGCGGUAUGUGAAGAAACUGAGAUAUGAGCAGAACAAGACUGCCGCAUAAUAUUCUUGAUUUUAAACAGUUUUUGCUUCGCAGACAAGUAAUUUACUUAUACAGAGAAGUUCUGAAGUUGAUUAAAGAGCAUAAAUCUCUGGACCAGCAAAGAGAAUUAAAAGAGUGGGCAAGUUAUGAGUUUAGGUCAAGGAAAAAUUUGACAGAUGAGGGAGCAGUAAAGAUGCACUUGGCCAAAGGAAGACUGGCUGUUAAAGAGCUAGCAGCUGCAAUAAGAAUGGCAAAGUGAUGGAAGUCUGUAAAUUGGGAUGGCAAGAUGUAAAUAUUUAGAGCCAGUUAUCGAUACGUUUGUCCUCAUUAAAAACUGCGAGUCCUGCAACUGUUGUACUCCAUAAAACUGUGUGUCUCCAUAAAAUAUGAAAGUUGAGAAUAGGUGAGGUAUUCAUGAAUAAUGUCACUGUCUUUUUUAUUGUUUUAUUUUAGCAUAACAGGUAUAUAAACAAACAAACAACCAAACUUAAAAGUGUUUUUUGUAAAUUUUAAUGUAAUUGUGUUGAAUUACUAUGACUGAAUUCAUUCAAUCUA